AUGGGCUUCUUCGACUUCGACACGGGCAGCGUCAUCUCCGCCCGCUCCUCCCAUUCCCGCCGCCACUCCUCCCACCACGCAAAGAAGCACAGCAGCAGCAAGCAGCACCGCUCCCGCUCCCGCUCCUCCUCGCGCUCCCGCAAGCGCCACAGCGCCCCCAGCAUCGCCGCCUCCAUCUUUGGCGGCGACGACCACAACAAGAAGAACAACUCGUCCCGCUCCUCCUUCUUUGGCAUUCCCAAUGCCUCACGCUCCUCUUUUUUCGGCUUCGGCGGUGGCCGCCCCUCAUACUACAAACGCUCCCCCCGAAACGGCUUUGUCCAAAAAACCCUCAAGCAAGUAAAACGCCUCUGGCGCGACCUCGUCUACUACGCCAAGAAACACCCCUACAAGGUCGUCGCCCUCGUCAUUAUGCCCCUCAUCACGGGCGGCUUCCUGACGGCCCUCCUCGCCCGCUUCGGCCUCCGCCUGCCUCCCGGCAUCGAGCGCAUGAUUGGCAUCGGCGCCAAAGCCGCCUCGGGCGACUCCAUGGGCCUCGUCGGCGAGGCGGUCCGCAUGGCGAGCGGCGGGUUCGGCGGCGGGCUCGCUGGCGGUGCCGCUACCCGCGCGCAUGUGGAGAGGGGGUAUGACGGGGAUUACUCGUGGGAGAGGAGGAGUGUUGAGCGCGAGGGCGGCGGCGGUGGCGGCUGGGCUGAUGGGCUCAUGAAUGGCGUUGCCAAGAUGUUUGUCUGA